AUGUGGUUAGAGAAUUUUAACUCAGGUGUUGAGAGUGAAACUGGAUCUGUAAGCAGACUGUUAACGGUUCGGACUGGAGGAUCGCUCAUUAUUCCAUGUUAUUAUGACAAGGCAUAUGCAAAAUAUAAGAAAUACUGGUGCUUUGAUUCUACAGCAUCAUACAGUUCUUGCUCUAUUCUGGCAUAUGCUAAUGAAACCAAAGGAAGAGUGUCAGUAAUUGAUCAUCCAGAUCAGAGUUUCUUUACUGUGACUAUAAAAAACCUGCAGCAUGAAGAAACUGGAGCUUAUUGGUGUGCUGUGGAGAUUGGAGGAAUAUUUGUUAUGGAUGCAACAGAGCAGCUUCAAAUCAAAGUUCAAUCAGCUCCUGAUGUGUCUGUGGUGAGCAGCAGUGUAUCUGGACAUGAAGGUGGUGAUAUCAGUGUUCAGUGUUUCUACACGUUAAGAUAUAAGAAUAAACUCAAACAGUGGUGCAGAUAUAAAGAUCAGAGCUGUUACACAGUGGGGAGGACUAACACAUCCCAGAAUUCAUCAGUCCAGAUCAGUGAUGAUGAUGAGAGAAGAUCCUUCACUGUGCUGAUGACUGGACUGAGACUCACUGAUUCUGGCUGGUACUACUGUUCUGCUGGAGAUCUGCAGGUUCCUGUUCAACUUAAUGUCUCUGAAAAUUCACAGGUUCAUUUUGGUCACAUUUUCACAUUGGUCACUGAACCAAAACCAGCAACUGUUGGCACAGACACUAGCACUGAGAAGAUGAUGUUAGUGGUACAGAGAGAAGCGUUUCUGUCUGUCACAGAAUUAGAGAUCAUGGGCUCUUCUGACAUUGACCUGGAGGAAUUCUGA